GUUUGCAGAACGAAGUUUGAAAUAAAGGGUGAGAUAGAUAGCCUAAGCACGCACAAUUCUGUCUCUCUACUGUGCUAAAGCUACCACUCCUGCGAUACUGUGGGCAAGAAAAAUUGACGGGCAAUCUUUCAAACAAUCAUAAACCGAGAGGCGAGAGCAGUAGAGCACCAUGCAUUCAACACUUCAACGCUCUCAUUGUCUCCCCACCUGUCCAAAACGCGGCAACUCACAAGCAAGUUGAUAGUCAACAUUGAGUGUUGACGUAGCAGUAGGCCAGUAGCCUUCACUUCGUCGCCUCACGGUUCAGUCUUCCACUCCCUUCCCUAUAUAAGCAUACGAGCUCUCCGCUUCAAAUCGGAAACACAUCCACCGAUCAGUGUCUAGCUAAUCCAGAUAGCUAGCUAGCUAUUGCCACUGUUCCCAUCAUGGCGGUGGCCAAGAAGCCUACCCGCGCUCUCCCUCAUCUCCUCCUCGUAGCCUUCCUCUGCUUGACGUGCUCUGUUUGUGCUCGCUUCGACGAUGACUACGACGACUCGAGGUAUGGCCCUGGAGGUUUCGGUCGUGGUCCGGGCUUUGAUCGUGGCCCGAGAGGUGGCUACCGACGCGGUCCGGACUUCGGACGUGGACCGUUUGGUCGUGACUGUCGCUUCGGUCGCUGCCGCAGAGGUGGUGGCGGACUUGGAGGCGGUGGAGGCGGUGGCCUUGGAGGUGGUGGAGGUGGCGGACUUGGAGGUGGCGGCGGGCUUGGCGGUGGAGGAGGUGGUGGCCUUGGAGGUGGUGGCGGACUUGGAGGCGGCGGUGGAGGAGGUGGUGGCCUUGGUGGUGGAGGUGGCGCUGGUGCUGGAGGAGGUUUUGGUGGUGGCGUCGGAGGAGGAGGUGGUGCAGGAGGCGGACUUGGUGGUGGAGGCGGUGGUGGAUUUGGAGGCGGCGGAGGCGGUGGACUCGGAGGUGGUGGAGGCAAAGGUGGCGGCUUUGGUGCUGGCGAUGGCAUCGGAAGCGGAGCUGGUGGUGGCAGUGGACUAGGUGGUGGAGGCGGCGGUGGAAUGGGUGGUGGCGGCGGCGGUGGCCUCGGAGGAGGCGCGGGAGGAGGCUUCGGAGCGGGUGGCGGCGUAGGUGGUGGAGCCGGCGGAGGUGGUGGCCUUGGUGGCGGUGGAGGUGGAGGGCUUGGAGGAGGCAAGGGUGGAGGCUUUGGGGCCGGCGGUGGUAUGGGAGGUGGCGCAGGCGGAGGUGGCGGACUUGGUAGCGGUGGUGGGCUUGGUGGCGGUGGAGGGCUUGGAGGAGGCAAGGGUGGAGGCUUUGGGGCCGGCGGUGGUAUGGGAGGUGGGGCAGGCGGAGGUGGUGGGCUUGGUGGCGGUGGAGGCGGAGGUUUUGGAGGAGGUAAGGGCGGAGGCUUUGGAGCCGGCGGUGGUAUAGGAGGUGGGGCAGGAGGAGGCGGGGGGCUUGGUGGCGGCGGCGGUGGCAUGGGCGGUGGUGGUGGAGGCGGACUAGGUGGUGGUUCAGGAGGAGGAUUCGGUGGCGGGGCAGGCGGUGGCGUUGGAGGAGGAGGCGGCCUUGGUGGUGGUGGCGGCGGAGGUAUGGGCGGUGGAGGCGGCGGCGGCCUUGGACAUGGCGUUGGUCUCGGUGGAGGGGGCGGGGGCGGCCUCGGCAUCGGCAUUGGCGUUGGCGUCGGAGUCGGGUUGGGCGCGGGGGCAGGCGCAGGCGCAGGUGGCGGCGCUGGUGCGGGUGCUGUUGCUGGAAACCGCGGGCGUUGAUUCAUCCGUCCAUGUCCAGUUUAAAGAAGAACGCAUCCAUGCAAGCAUGUGUAUGUUCGGCGCUGGAGUAGCUAUGAAUUACUCUAUGACGUGGUUAAAUUAUGGUUAAUUUCACUCCUCCUGUUUUUGGUUGCUGUGUAGUCUUUGCUCAUUAUUAUUGGUGCAAGUGUUUGCAAUAAAUCUUAUAUACUCUUGGGAAAAAAGAGUCUAAUGGUUAGUAGUAUAUUAAUACAGUUCUAGUGAUUUUUUUUCCAUGUAAUUCCUGGCUUCCAGGCAGCUUGUUUGAGCUUCGCGUUC